AUGAGUGUUACAAUAUCCUGGAUAGUACCGGUGGAUGGGCUUGAAUGCAGGGCCGUAACGGAUUCGCUGAGUAGCGCCAAAGCAGCGAAUACAGUUGCGGUGCCCGUUAUGCGAAAUAUCGAGGCGGGCGCGAGACAAAAUCUCGAUGAAAUUUCCAGCAGUGAUCGGAAAGCUGCUGAUGACGAGAUGUGUGAGGAUUUGCUUCUUCGUCACAAAUACCACGUUUCUGGAACAGCAGGCGAGGUUGUUGAGCAGAUUCGUUCGCCCUCAUUGGCGUAUUACGUGCUUGUCCGGUUUGCGCACGUAGGGCAUCGCGGCCCCAGUGCCAUGGUGAAUGGAUGA